AUGGCCCUUCGCAACCUUGUGUUGUUUGUUGGUUUGGUCUCUGCUGCAAGUGCUGCCUUCAACUGGUGCCGGGUGUUCCACGCUGACUCACAAUGCCUCACCUCCUGCCCGCCUGGGUCUACACCACAUGUGCAGGAAUUAGACUCGGUACUUUUCUGUGAGGAAGGAUUCAGCUGUUGUGGAGUUCCUUCUGAGCAGCCGGUUGUCGACCCAAGCGACCAAACUACUCCUGAUGCUGACGCCUGUGGCCUUGUUCCUGGAAGAUCAAGAAGAUCAAUCGGAGGUGGCGCUGCAACUCGAUGCUCCUGGCCCUGGCUUGUGUCUGUGAGGCUCAGUUCACCUGCAUUUACCAGCUUCCACGCCAUGAACGCUGUUCUUGUUUCCAAAGAGCAUCUCCUGGUCAAUAAAAGAUUAUUCGAUAUCUACAAAGAUAUCCCAGGUGGAACACUGGAAGCCAACUCUGGAGACUACUUCAUAAAUAUGGAUGGUGAUGAAGAGGAGAAAGAAAUACUAGAUCUUCCCAACCCAGAUCAUAUUGAUCUAGAACAAUUUGAUCUGACGAUUCUGAAACUAACCAACGAAGUAAACGUGUCGUCGUGCGUUCGGCCAGUGUGCACAUCCAAUACUCCAACUGAUCUGAACAUGGGUGCCUGCAAAAUGGUCGGCUGGGGACGCAGAGAUAGUGGAAAUAGGGAACUUGCAUUUGCCGCUGUUCCGCUAGAACAGGGUGUGACCAUUCUGGACGAAACAUCAUGUAGUGCCAUCUCCAGAGUGUCUGGUGUACAGUUGACAGAGAAUCUUCUCUGCUUGGACAUGGAAGCAGGUCACAGCACAACAGAGGAUGAUUUGGGAAGUCCAGUAAUGUGUCCAGACAAUAACAACCAGUGGUAUCUCCAAGGAGUGUUGAUCAGAUCCAACUACAACGAAACCACUAAAAGCGCCCCAACUCUUUCUUAUGCUGUUGCUUUCGAUCCUUCAUGGAUCCUGCCUCUGGCUUUGUUUUAAUGAGCCGGUGGAUGUCGACAAGACGACUGCCUUCACACAUUGCUUUGCCAAAAACAGCUUCAGUUUCAGACAAAAUAUGAAAUAAAUGGUAUAUUGACAGACA